AUGAACAAAUUAACAACAUAUACGAUAAAAGAAAUUCAUCAAAAUUUUCGUGAUAAGCUCCUUACGCCGACAAGCUUUGUGGACUUGUGUAUUCAGAGAGCGAAACAAACAAAAGAAUUAAAUGCAUUUAUAAAGUUAACAGAGGAAGUAGCUGAAAAUCAUGCUAUUGAUAGUGAGAAACGAAUAUAUAUCGAUAAGAAAAAUAAACCACUGGAUGGAAUAACUAUUGCUAUCAAAGAUAACUUUUGUACCAAAAAUAUCACUACUACCUGCGCUUCGAAUAUGUUAAAAAACUUCGUACCAACUUACGAUGCGACAGUUUACUCGAGACUUAUCAAGGCUGGCGCAUGUUUGAUUGGGAAAACGAAUUUAGAUGAGUUUGCUAUGGGUGCAGGGACAGUGGACUCUAUUUUUGGUCCAACUCGUAAUCCUUGGUGUUACAGUGAAGAUUGGAGGAUAUCUGGUGGCAGUUCUGGAGGUAGUGCAGUUGUUGUAGCUACUGGUUCAUGUGUAGCAGCUAUAGGAUCAGAUACAGGAGGAUCUACGAGAAAUCCAGCGGCUUUAUGUGGUGUAGUAGGACUGAAACCAACUUAUGGGUUAGUUUCUCGGUAUGGAUUGAUACCUUUAGUUAAUUCCAUGGAUGUACCAGGGAUAUUAGCGAGAAAUAUUGAUGACUUGUCUAUGAUUUUAAACUGUGUAGCAGGUCCUGAUAAUUUGGAUUCUACUACAAUAAAGAAAGAAUUUAAACCAAUAAGUAUUAAAAAUGAUUUUGAUUUGACAAAUAUAAAAAUUGGUAUACCAAAAGAAUAUUACUGUCCAGGUAUGGACGAUGAAGUGUUAGAUGUAUGGAGAAAUGUUACAGAUUUUCUUGAAAAUGAAAAAUGUCAUGUAACUUCUGUUUCAUUACCACAUACAUCAGUAUCUAUAGCUGUAUAUUCAAUUUUAAAUCAAUGCGAAGUAGCAAGUAAUAUGGCAAGGUAUGACGGCUUAGAAUAUGGUCUGAGAACAUCUGAAGAUUACUCUACAGAAGAAUUAUAUGCUUCAUCUCGCAGUGCAGGAUUCAACAAUGUUGUAAGAUCCAGAAUAUUUGCAGGCAAUUAUUUCUUGCUGACUAGAAAUUAUGAAAAGUACUUUUUAAAAGCUUUGAAGCUCCGAAGACUGAUUGCUGAUGAUUUUAAUAAGGUGUUUUUUGGGGAAGAUGCUGUUGACCUGCUAUUAACACCAACUACUUUAAGUGAUGCACCUUUAUAUAAUGAAUUUAAAUCUAAACAUAACAGAGAUCAGUGUGCCUUCCAGGAUUAUUGCACUCAGCCUUCCAAUAUGGCUGGUAUACCAGCUAUAUCGAUACCUAUAAAGUUAUCUAGAAAUAAUUUGCCCUUAUCAUUACAAUUAAUGGGUCCUUCUUUAUCAGAGGAACUUUUAUUCAAUGUAGCAAAGAAGAUUGAAAGUGCAGUUCAAUUUCCGAGUGUUCAGAUUGAA